UGUUGGGUCGGUGGGCAGCGGGCUGCUGGUGAUUGACCAGCUUCUCUCCCUGAUCUGUCAGCCGGCUGGCUUGGCGCCUCCCCUCUCCUCUAUAAAUGUAGGAAAUCUAUUCAUUCCUUUCACACCGAGCCUGCUGAAGUAAGAGGAACUGUGAGGCUCCGCGGGAUGUGUUGACAGACUAGAAUUCUGCAUUUCGGUUUAUAUUCCCUCGCUAAUUUUUCGGCGAUAUUAGAGCAGUUGUUGCCGUGUUUACAGCGCCGUGGUAUAAUCUCAAAUACCUCCUGCUGCCGGUAACGUCAUUAUUUGAUUUUCUUUCCCGUUGCCUCUGCCUCUGAGCCGUUGGUUAUCUAAGAUGAAGGCUGUUACUCCGGUCCACCCCCAGGACUCCUCCUCCAGCAGUAGCCAGCUCUCCGUGCACUAUCUGUCGAAGCAGAGCCUCAACAUCGCCCGGUGCAGGAUGGAAGAGGAGGACAUGUUCUGCCUGCAGUACGACAUGAACGACUGCUACAGCCGACUGAAGCGCCUGGUGCCCACCAUUCCACAGGAUAAGAAAGUCAGCAAAGUGGAGAUCCUCCAGCAUGUCAUAGACUACAUCCUGGACCUGCAGCUGGCCCUGGAGACGCACCCUUCUCUCCAUAAACAACAGCCACAGCGGACCGGGACCUGCCCUCCCCCAGCCUCCAACCCCAGCCGGACACCGCUGACGGUGCUCAACAUUGACCAUCACCAGAGGACGUCAAUAGUCAAAAAGCCGGAGGACUCUAUUUUAUGCCGCUGAGAUACAAGCACUGCAUUGUCAGUCUGGAGCUCUGCAGCUCACCCCCUCCCUUCCCACUGCUAUUCAUCCCCCUCCACAGGUGUGUAGGCCGCACAGAGCCGCUCCAAAGCCAGCAAAAGCUUCGCCAGGGACUCACACCCAACUGGAGGCACAAUCACAACGGGAUUUCAAAACCGCUGCGAGGAAUUCAACCCAAAUAAAAUCACUAUUCAUGUCAGCUUUUCUUUUUGUUUUGUUCCACUGAACGAGGAGUCAGUAUGUAGACAUCUCCCCC